GGACGGUUUUCGUGGUGCAGUGGGACAAGGUCUACCUUCAGGGCAAGGAGGACGUGGGCAGCUUCACCUUCCAGGCGGCCCUGCACCGCACCGGGAGGAUCGUCUUUGGGUACAAGGAGGUGAGAGAUGUUUGUGCUUGGGAGAGCACAAACCUCCCUGUGAGGAUGGGCGCGCGGGGCAGCUUCGUGCCCGACCUGAAGCCAAGACUCUGCCUUUCAGAGUCGCGCCGCCGGACCAUCUACGAGUAUCACCGCGUGGAGCUGGACACCAGCAAGAUCACCAACAUGUCAGCUGUGGAGUUCACCCCGCUGCCCACGUGUCUCCAGCACCGGAGCUGUGAAACGUGUGUGACUUCGGAGCUGACCUUCAACUGCAGCUGGUGCCACGUCCUGCAGAGUCACGAUGCCGAGCCCUCCUCAGAUGAGAAGACCUGCGAGGAUUUAGCAGAAGGCGACCGUUAUCCAGCACCCCCUGACAGCUCUCUCCCGCCGCUGGAUGUGGAUGUCACCACCUCCACGGCCUCACUCUUCAUCGACAGCCUCACGACGGAAGACGACACGAAGCUCAAUCAGUACGCAGGAGGCGAAGGGGUGGGAAGCAGCCUCCCUUCCAAGAAAGCGGCCGCCCCGAUUCACACCGGUACCAUCGUGGGGAUCGUUCUGGCGGCGUUGCUCAUUGCAGCCAUCGUCCUGGCUGGGAUCUACAUCAACAGCCACCCCACCUCCACCGCUGCCCUCUUCUUCAUUGAGCGAAGGCCACAUCACUGGCCUGCCAUGAAAUUCCGAAAUCACACCAACCACGCGACGUACUCGGAGGUGGAGCCGGCCAGCCAGGAGAAGGAGGGCUUCGUCGAAGCAGAACAGUGCUGA